AUGUCUAUACAAACUAAUCACGUUGUGAAUCAUGAUACUACUCAUAUUGAUACUACUAAUACUACUUCGACUAUAGAUAGUAGUAAUAAUAAUAAUCAUAGUAAUGAUUAUAGUUAUGAUAAUUAUGAAUUACAUAAUGGUACCAAUUAUCUAUUGAACACAGAAUCUAAUAAUGAAACAACUUUCAAUAAACCAAUAGAUUCAUCUAUUCAUCAAAUAAGUAAUAUAGAACAUUUUAAUGACAAUAUAUAUAAGUAUAUAGAUGAUGAAACAUUGAAAUGUAUAAACCUUAGUGAUAAUAAUAAUAAUAAAAGUACAAAUAGCUUAUUACAAAAUACAUUUGAAAUGAUGACGAUGAUGAUGCAUACUUCAAAUGAUACAAAUAAUACAAUGUAUAAUCAUAGAUCUAGUUUAAAUAAUUCAUUGAAUGAUUUUGAAAUGAUGCAUAAUGCGUUUCAUAGUUCCCAAUUAUCCUCCUCCUCCUCCUCCUCAUCAUCAUCAUCAUCAUCACUGUCAUCACCAUCUUCAUUUUCCUCCUCCUCGUCCUCCUCAUCAUCAUCGUCACCUUCAUCAAUGACAUCUUUAUUAAAAUGA